UAUUUGGUGCAAUAAACCAGUGUUAAUUACUAGCAUUUCCACACUUUUGUAGGCCUAAGGAGCAACUGCAUGUGUCGGCGAAUGCCUUUUACAUUUGGUCUAUAGUUUUUUCCAUCUGAGCUAGCAGACUGUGCCUUGGAAAGAGUGCGCAUCUAAUAAUAUGAGUGAAUGCAUCAUAACCACUAGGCGAGAUUUUUGAGUCAUGACUCUUUAAUAUUAACAAGGACUAACGAAAUCAAAAUAUUUGGUACUAAGAUGAUUGAGAAGUAGAGCUUGGUUUCCAUACAAUCGCUACAAGCUAUCACCGACAGCUUUCGAUGAUGCUGAUUGGUCCGGGUCAAAUCGGAGUGCAUCGCUUUCCUGAUUGUGUCGGGAACUGCUAUGCACUACUGUACAACGAUUGCACUAAAGAAGCCAGUCUCACACACGUGCUGUGACAGUCCCGUUUGCAUUGAAACUUAUUCGGUCUUGUUAUGUUCGGCAAAAAUCCGUCUAAAUUCUGAGCAAACGGAAUCACAUUCAUCGCUUGUUAAAUAUUACACUUUCAGAGUCUUUAUAGGUACGUGAAAAACAGAAGCAUGAAUGCAAAAAACAUCUUCAAGCCUCUGUUUCGUAAGAAACAUUUCGCAAACAAUGAUGUUUCAACAACAGAGUUAAAACGUUGCCUGAACACGGUGGACCUAACGUUUCUUGGUAUUGGAAGUACGCUUGGUGCUGGCGCUUAUAUCUUGAGUGGACAGGUCGCUAAGGAAAAAGCUGGACCAGCGGUCGUUCUCUCUUUUUUAGUUGCAGCUAUUGCAUCGCUUUUAGCAGGUCUAUGUUACGCUGAGUUUGGAGCACGAGUACCUCGCACCGGAUCUGCGUACGUAUAUAGUUACGUCACAGUCGGUGAAAUAUGGGCCUUUGUGAUUGGAUGGAAUCUUAUACUAGAAUACGUCAUUGGAACAUCGAGUGUUGCUAGGGCCUGGAGUGCGUACUUUGAUACGCUAGUAGAUGGAAAGAUUGAAGCAUAUACUAAAGAACAUUUGCACUUUAACGUCUCUUGGAUGGCCGAGUACCCGGACUUCCUAGCAUUUAGCAUUUGCAUUGUGUUGUCAAUUUUGUUAUCAAUUGGAGUGAAGGAAUCGUCGCGAUUCAACACAAUCUUUACCAUCGUGAACUUACUAGUACUUACAUACGUCAUAAUCUGUGGAUUGUUCAAAGCCGACGGGGACAACUGGAAGAUCCCGGAAAAUCAAAUCCCGCCGGAAUAUGGGAAAGGAGGAUUCUUUCCGUACGGAUUUUCGGGAAUGAUUGCCGGUGCAGCUACUUGUUUCUACGGCUUCGUUGGAUUUGACUGCAUAGCGACAACAGGAGAAGAGGCUGAGAAUCCAAGGCGGGCAAUUCCUAUAAGUAUAAUGCUGUCUCUACUCUUCAUAUUCAUUGCAUACUUCGGAGUUUCUGUAACAAUCACUUUAAUGUGUCCGUACUAUCUGUUGGACGAGAAAGCUCCACUGCCAUUCGUGUUUGAUUACGUAGGUUGGACUUCGGCUAAAUACGUCAUAUCUGUUGGCGCAGUAUGUGCGUUGUCGACCAGUCUGUUGGGGGCAAUGUUCCCUCUACCCCGAGUCAUAUACGCCAUGGCAAGUGACGGUAUAAUUUUUCGGUUCCUAUCUCGGGUCAGCAGUCGGUCCAAGACACCAAUCCUAGCUACAAUUAUAUCUGGAAUUUUUGCAGGUACAAUGGCGUUGGUAUUUGAUCUUGAUGAACUAGUAAAUAUGAUGUCAAUAGGAACUCUACUUGCUUACACGUUAGUUGCUUUCUCUGUUAUAGUGCUAAGAUAUAAAGCUAAAACGACCGAAGACCUGAAUGGCGUAAAUGAAAACUUUGACGCCGCACCACAUAGGAAACAUCGUCGUUGCUUAGAAAGUUCGGGUGUUCCCACGGAACAUACAGAAUUUGUCUCAAAUAUUUGUAUAGGAGUAGCAUGUAUCGCGAUAAUAGGUGCCUCAGUAUUGAUAGUUUUUGCUGGAGAUGCUAUAGUAAAUGCCGACUGGUGGGCAGUGCUUUUGAUCGUUUUGAUACCGCUUAUAAUUAUUAUAGCUGCGGUUAAUUUGAAGCUGCAGCCACAAGAUCCAACUGUUCUUGCAUUUAAGGUAAGUAGAUUCUGUGUAUACUUUGGUUACGGUAUAUGCAACAGCAACGAAAGAAUGCACCAAUCCGAUGAAGAAGACAAAAAUAAACGGUUAAUUGACGAUUACGAAUCGAUGGCGGAGCCAAAAAUUGAUGAAAGAGCUAAACUGGUGAAUGGUCACUAA